GGGCUGUAGCCGAGGCAGGUGGGCGUCCCAAGCAUCAGAAGCCCUCGGGGAUUAAAGAGACGAGGAAGAGGGCAUCGGAGGGAGAGGCUUGGGGGUAUCUUGAGAGGGGCUUCAUUCGUUGGGGGAGGGGAUAAAAUCUUGAAUAGGGGCUGCCAGGAUUUCAUUUAAAAAAAAAAAGCAUAACCCCUUAUAAGAGAUUAGAGUUGCUCUCUGCAUAAGCCAGGAGGGAUCUUGGGCAUGUUCCAUGUUGGUUUAAUGGGAGUCUAUGUAGCGAUCAUGCCAGGUUUAGGCAUCGAGGGGUAGGUGACGUUCGGAAGAGGAGGCUUCAGGGUGGAUAAAAAGAGAGGCUGAAUGUCCAGCUGCUAGAAGUCACCCACGGCAGCCGUUCUGACUGGGUCUGGGGAGACUUUGCAAGAGGAAAAAUUGAGGAUGGCAUUCGUUUCCUGGCGCCCAUUCAGGUGUUCCUAGAAGCCAUGGACCUCUUGGGCGUGAGAAUUAUUUAGAAUAAUUCAGAGCCUUAAUCAAACAGGUCGCCUCCGAUCUGGGUCACUUGAAGUGAAACGUUUCCUCCGGGAUCGUCUCUGAAUCCUUUUUUUGCCCCCGUCUCUUCGUGGUGUGGGGUUUUCCAUCAAGCAUCUCUGAUGCCAGAACAAGGCCCCAGAAUGAACGGUUUCUCUCUAGGCGAGCUAUGCUGGCUUUUUUGCUGCCCGCCGUGCCCCAGUCGCAUAGCGGCCAAACUGGCGUUUUUGCCCCCGGAACCCACUUACACUGUGAUGCAACUAGAACAGCAAGAAAAUGCUGCUACAGUGGGGACGCCAACCAGCAGUUGUAGCUUACAUUUGACUGAACGGGCUGACUGGCAGUACUCCCAACGAGAACUGGAUGCUGUUGAAGUUUUCUUUUCGCGCACAGCCCGGGAUAACCGGCUGGGAUGCAUGUUUGUUCGCUGUGCUCCUUCUAGCCGGUAUACCUUGCUUUUCUCUCAUGGCAACGCUGUCGACCUGGGCCAAAUGUGCAGCUUCUAUAUUGGCCUCGGCUCCCGCAUCAACUGCAAUGUCUUCUCUUAUGAUUACUCGGGAUAUGGAGUCAGCACCGGUAAACCAUCGGAAAAAAACCUUUAUGCAGACAUUGAUGCAGCUUGGCAGGCCUUAAGAACAAGGUAUGGUGUCAGUCCUGAAAACAUCAUUCUGUAUGGACAGAGUAUUGGAACUGUUCCCACGGUAGACCUGGCAUCUCGGUAUGAGUGUGCAGCUGUAAUCCUUCAUUCACCUUUGAUGUCUGGAUUGAGGGUAGCUUUCCCUGACACCAGAAAAACAUACUGCUUUGAUGCUUUUCCAAGCAUUGACAAGAUUUCCAAAGUCACCUCUCCCGUUUUGGUGAUUCAUGGUACCGAAGAUGAAGUCAUAGAUUUUUCCCACGGUUUGGCAAUGUAUGAGCGAUGCCCCCGGGCUGUGGAGCCCCUUUGGGUGGAAGGGGCUGGCCACAAUGACAUAGAGCUUUACGCACAGUACCUAGAACGACUAAAACAGUUCAUAUCUCAUGAACUUCCUAAUUCCUGAAGAAACCUAGGGUACUUGAUUUUUUUUCUUGAUUUCUUUUCUUUUCUUUUUUUUACCUCAUUUAAACUGUGAAUAGAAGAAUUUACCUGUUUUUGCACAUGCAUUAACUGGAUUAACUGUCAUAGCUUUAUACUAUGAAGAAGAAAAGCCCUUUUGAUAGGGCAGGAUCCAAUCAAGUCUUGACUGUCUCCUUUUUUUAAUAUCAGGAAGCUAUUCUAAUGGUCACUACUGUAACCCACAAUAUUUUGUACGUUCCUUACACUAGAAAAGCUGGAGAUGUAGAAGGACAAUGGAUGAACGUGAGGACACUUAUCUGUGCAGUAUAAUAUUUCCCCAUUUUCCUAUCCUGCCUUUCGGGUAGUUUGUCUUAGAUAUCUAUAUGUAUAGGGCUUUUUUUUUUUCCUUUUUUUCCCUCUUUGUCUCUUUUUAAAAUCUUCCCACGAUCUGGAAUGCAAAGAAUUUGGACCACAGGCUUCAGUCUUAGAGCAUUUUCCAUUUUUAAAAUGUGUUCAUUGUAACUGGAAAGGAAUUUUGUGGUGAUUUUUCGUUGUGUUUCUUAGGGGAGCAUUUUGGGCGACUUUUCCUUCCUAUCUACAAUAAUGAAUGAAAAUUUCUGGAGAAUAUCCCCAGAAUAUCCCCACUGUGGCAAUUCUCGAGCAACAUUUCAAUUGUCUUUUUUUUUUUUUUUUGCAAAUUUACAAAAUGAAAUACUUGGAAAGUUAUAAUAACUAAAUGGAUAAACCUCUGAAAUCUUCUUUUUAAAACAAAACUGGAAGAAAUGUACAAAUUUACUAACCCCCCACCCUUCCUAAGAUAAUGUUCUCAAUCUUGAAUAAGAGUCGGCUUUGGCAGUUACUUGUGCGACUGGCAUUCUUUCUAAAGAUUUUUUUUUUUAAAUAUUGUAUAUAAGUGGGUUUACUUUAAUGCAUAACUCCUGGCAAUUUAUAAAAUUUAGAUCUAGUUAACAAAUUCUGGUUUGUAUAUGAAUAUGUUCUGUUUUAAGUUUUUAUCCCUGUCUUGCUUUGCUAUUAAAGGUUUUUAUAAGAUUUCCAGGGCAACUAACAAAUUGCACAUUUGUUUUUGAUGAAUUUGUGUAACUCUUUCAUUGAAACUGAUCCUUCUUCUGUUUGUUUGUUUGUUGGUUGGUUUAGGGGAAAUUUAUCAAUUUUGACACUGGAAUUGCACAGAAUAUGCAAAACACUUUUAAAAUCAUGACACUAAAAGGCCUAAAGUUUUAUCUCCCAAGUUGAACGGCCUUAAAUGUACUGUAAGCCUUUGACUGUUGUACAAACAGAUUGCAAUUGAUUAUGGUUUGUGUAUUUGUUGCCAGAACGCAACAACAGUGGUUGUAAUGGAAUAAAGGAUGCAUGGAAUAGAGA